UAAAGUGUUUUGGACCAUGGUAACAACUCUGGGGUGAGUCUAGUCUCCCAUGGUUAUACUACUUUCAUUAAAAAUUACCUCAGUGCCAUUUCAGGCACGUUCAUCCCCAUUGGGGAUGUAUAAGUGGGGCUUCAGACACAUUAUCUCCCAUUGGGGUUGUAUAGUGGGGCUUUGCUGGGUAUGGUGUAUGUGACUGGCUUGCUCAGCAGAGAUGUACGAGCAGCUUAGACAUGUCAGCUGGCUCCUGGUACUGAGAGAAGUACAGCUGGGCACAGUAAAGAGAAUUGUUAGCAGCUACAAUUACAUCCGUGCCAGUUUGCUUUGUGAGCUUUGCAGAAAUCCCAGUUGGAUGGUGAAAUGCAAGUCAUUUCUAUUUUGGACGCCUCUGAUUAUAGACCUUCUGACUGUGAAGGCUGACUAGGAAAUACUCUGCAUGGGAGUUCCUAUGUAAUAUAGCUAUAUGUUUCAAAACUAUUUGAACAUGGAAUUCAAUCCUUCAGAUCAUCCUCGGGCCAGCACAAUAUUCCUCAGUAAAUCUCAGACAGACGUGAGAGAAAAACGCAAGAGUCUCUUCAUUAACCAUCAUCCUCCAGGACAAAUAGCAAGGAAAUACAGCUCCUGCUCUACCAUUUUCCUAGAUGAUAGCACAGUCAGUCAACCAAACCUCAAGUAUACAAUUAAAUGUGUUGCUCUUGCAAUAUAUUAUCACAUCAAAAACAGGGAUCCAGAUGGAAGAAUGCUCUUAGAUAUUUUUGAUGAAAACCUUCACCCUCUUUCGAAAUCCGAAGUGCCACCAGAUUAUGACAAACACAACCCAGAGCAGAAGCAGAUUUACCGGUUCGUUCGGACGCUGUUCAGUGCUGCUCAGCUGACAGCUGAAUGUGCCAUUGUCACCCUGGUGUACCUUGAAAGACUCUUAACAUACGCAGAGAUAGAUAUCUGUCCGGCCAACUGGAAGCGGAUUGUUCUGGGGGCGAUCCUGCUGGCCUCCAAGGUGUGGGAUGACCAGGCUGUAUGGAAUGUGGAUUACUGCCAGAUCCUGAAAGACAUCACGGUGGAGGACAUGAACGAGCUAGAGCGACAGUUUCUUGAAUUGCUGCAGUUCAACAUCAAUGUUCCUUCCAGUGUCUAUGCCAAGUAUUAUUUUGAUCUUCGUUCUCUGGCAGAAGCAAACAACCUGAGCUUUCCCUUGGAGCCCCUGAGCAGGGAGAGGGCUCAUAAGCUUGAGGCCAUCUCUCGCCUCUGCGAGGACAAGUACAAGGACCUGAGAAGAUCCGCGAGGAAGCGCUCAGCCAGUGCGGACAACCUGACUCUGCCCCGGUGGUCCCCGGCCAUCAUCUCCUAACCGUGGAGGCCCGCCGGAGGCCACACCAUCCCUUAAGUUUCUCCUUUAGUUUGAGAAAAGACAGACUUGGGGUGGGUUUGUUUUUGUUUUUUAUUUCCUUUUUUAACGCAUAGCUCCGUCGGCUGCCUGGAUGAGCACCCACGCAGCAAGGCUUGGAGGAAGCGUCAGUGCCCUGGAGAUCCCGGCUCACUCUCCCCACUGUCAGCGGCGCUUCCCUCGUGGAAGAAGCGGACUCGAAUCCUGGAGGAGGAAAUAAAGCGAAUGGGAAGUCGUGGAGAGGCAGGGAAAAUGGUUAAGCAGCCGGCCCUCUGGUGUCCCCUUGGGGGCGGUAGCUGAAGUUGGUGAGCGCCGCAGUGGAUGCAGAGCUGGCUCCACCCGGGGCUGGGCCGGUGUGUCCUGUAAGACUUCUUGCAUUCCUUCUGCUGCUUUUUUGGGAUGGGGGAUUUUUGUUCAUUUGUUUUUGCCCUGUUUUGGUUUUGGUCCCACAGAGCAGGGGAUGUAGUUUGUACCCAUCAUGGCGCAGACUUCCAAAUAAAUAGUACUGGUCAUUUCUCCGCACUA